CAUCAAACUGCAUCCUACCCGGAAGAGACGUGGCAACAGCGGACUCAGCCUCAAUAGGAGCCUUGAAGCACCAUGGGGCUGUGUAAAUGCCCCAAAAGGAAAGUCACCAACCUUUUCUGUUUUGAGCACCGGGUGAAUGUCUGUGAGAGCUGCCUCGUCGCAAACCAUUCCAAGUGCAUUGUUCAGUCCUAUCUCCAGUGGCUUCAGGACAGUGAUUACAACCCCAACUGUCGUCUUUGCAACACCCUCCUGUCCACCAAAGAUACUGCCCGGCUUGUGUGUUAUGAUCUGUUUCACUGGUCAUGUCUCAAUGAGAUGGCAAACCAGCUCCCAAAGAACACGGCCCCGGCUGGCUACCAGUGUCCCAGCUGCAAGGGUCCGAUCUUCCCCCCAGCCAACCUGGUCAGUCCGGUGGCCUCAGUGCUACGAGAGAAACUGUCGACUGUGAACUGGGCUCGGGCCGGGCUUGGGCUGCCACUGAUUGAUGAGGCUGAUACCAUACAAGAGACAGAGUCGCCUGAUACCACAGAUUACACUGACUGGUCUAGCUUCUCUGCAACUGCAGGCCCCAACUCAGAGGAGACCAUCCAGCAAAGUGCCCUGUCGGCCUAUUCCUACAGUGCUCCGCCCGGCCUCUCUUCCCCACAGCAGCAGCAGGGCGUGAACAAUGGGGGCGUGAAGGACGAGCAUUCAGUCAUCGACAUGGGGAAUGCUAGCAACGAGACCAUCACCAUCAAUGCAGCAGCCUCUACACCACGGAAGGUCUACGACACCCGGGAGGGUGGGGGCGGCAGCAGGGCAUCCGGCACCCAAAUCGACUGUGAUGAGGACAAGUACCGCCGGCGGCCAACGCUCAGUUGGUUCGCGCAGCUUCUGAAGAAUCGCUCUGGGUCCAAGAAGCGGCAGCCAAGAUCCCUGAUGCAGCGGUUUGUCAUCAUCCUCCUGAUUGGCGGCAUCGGCUUCCUAACCCUGAUCAUCAUCAUGUCAAAGCUGGGCCGGGCCUCGGCCGACAAUGACCCCAACCUGGACCCCAUGUUCAACCCCCACAUCCGGGUGGGCCAGGAAUGAACUGAGCUGGUGG